AGUCAACCUCGACACACCAAGCAACAUGGUCGCCCUCAAGCUGUUCGCCUUCGCCGCCGUGCUGGCCGUGGCUAGCGCCGGCUACCUGUCCGCCCCCGCUGUCUCCUACGCCGCCCCAGCCGUCGCCUACGCCGCCCCCGCCGUCGCCUACGCCGCCCCCGCGGCCGUCGCCCCCGCGGCCAUCACCUCCCAGAGCUCCAACAUCCUGAGGAGCUUCGGCAACCUGGGACAGGUGUCCACCUACACCAAGACCGUCGACACGCCCUACUCCAGCGUCACCAAGUCCGACGUCCGCGUCAGCAACGACGCCAUCGCACACGUCGCCGCCCCCGCAUUGGCCUACGCCGCCCCCGCAUACUACCACUAACCACUGAGGCUGCACUUCAACUCCAGCUCUUCUGCUGAUUAUUUAUUUUCAGUUUUAUGUCUUCUGUAAAUAAAAUACUUCAUUGACAAUUUUA